UUGUACAAUAACAUCCUAUACAAAUAUUUUUUUAUAUAAUUUUGUCUAUCAACAUUUUUUCAGGUUUCAAAUAUAAUAUUUCCUUCAUAAUUUUUAUUGAAUGCGAUCAGUUUCUUAUUUUACAAACGUGCAUGUAACCAAUAGUGUACUUAACGUAAUUUGUGUCUUUUGUGCAAACAAUUCAACAUAUAACAUUUGGACAUAAAAUACAGUUAAAAAUAGUUUCGUUAUGCUAACCAUUGAUGGUUAUAAGAUUAGAUAGUAAUGGCCAAUUUGAACUUUACUCGAAACAUCGGGGGCAGUAGCCUCGCUCGCUCAAAUGUCGGUUUUGGUGGUAGUUCGAUGUCUGGUCAUGUAACGCCAGUUUUUGGUCAAAGAGCACCUUCGGACCGAAGAGGGAUGCCCGGGCUAGGUGGCAGCAACCAAAUUGGUAGCAUGAGUGCGUUGGGUGGUUACAACUCCCUGCAGUCAGUAUUUGGAUCCGGAGAUACAAAUACUCCUCCUUUAUUGGACCUCAGUGAAUUUCCCUCACUAACAAACAGAAACGCCACCGACAAUGUUCCUCAACCAAACCCAAUGCCGGGUGCAAAGCCGUACGUAGGGAUGGUGAAGCAACCAACGACUGAAUCAAAUGAAUUUACCAUGUCAUCAGAAGAUUUCCCUGCUUUACCGGGCACGCACCAUCGAGAGGGACCGUCGCCCGGUGGAGGUCACCAGUCUGACAAAAACAGUAGCAGCAGCGCAAGUGAUAGCGGCACGGACACCAGGACGUCGGAAAAGAGUAGUACGAAGCAGGGCAUCCAAACGUAUCCGGAUGGUAGAGUGACGAAUAUACCGGCUAGUAUGGUUAACGAUCAGUUCGGUAUCGUUGGAUUACUAACAUUUAUCAGGGCAGCCGAAACAGAUCCGAACUUAGUUUCGUUGGCGUUAGGACAAGACUUAACCGCCUUAGGUCUGAAUCUCAACUCCCCAGACAAUCUUUAUCCUACCUUUGGAGGACCGUGGGCGGAACAACCUUGUAGGCCACAGGAUAUCGAUUUUCAUGUUCCUCCUGAGUAUCUUGUAAAUAGUGCUAUCAGAGAUAAACUUGCAGGAGUGAAGUUCACCCGAUAUAAAGACGAUCUUUUAUUUUUUAUGUUUUAUAACAAUUGCGGUGAUGUCUUUCAAGUUUUAGCUGCAGUAGAAUUGUACAAUAGAGAGUGGCGGUAUCAUACAGAAGAGAAAGUGUGGAUAACGCAGGUACCUGGCAUGGUUCUUCUUGAAAAAACAUCAACGUACGAAAGGGGGACGUAUUAUUUUUUCGAUGUGCAUAAUUGGAGGAAAGUGGCGAAGGAAUUUCACUUAGAUUAUAGUAAAUUGGAAGGCCGGCCUGUCAUACAGCAGUCCAUGCACAAUGCCACGUAAAAUAUGGCCCGAGAUCGUACAAUAUCACAAACGGACGUUGUAUGUACAUGUACCAUAAUGUUCCAUACUACAACUUUUUGGUUGUUCCUGUGAAGGAAUACUGUUUAUCACGUAUGAUUUUAAGUAUUAAUAAAGUGGAGAUAAUUUA